AUGGGGUCUCAAACGCCGGCGUACCCAAUACCUCCAGGUGUCCAUGCCAUCUCAAAUGAGCUCCUUGACCUACGACCAGAUUCUGAAAUUGAUUACGAGAUUCUCCACCCGAAGCCCAUCACCACCGAGAAGAACAUCUUCUUCGUUUGGGAUUCUAGUUUCAAACAUAGGCAUCCCUGCACUCAACGAAUCAAAUUUCUCGAUGUCAACGACCGCUCCAACCUCCCCCAGGCUUUUUCAGAAGGCACGAUCACAGGAACAUAUGCAGUGCAGCAUACCAGUGAUCUCGUGCGUUGGCCGCUACUGUUGAAGUAUGGAGGUGUCUACACAGACGUCGGUUUCAUGCAAAUCGGGGACCUCGACGCCCUCUGGAACAAAACUAUUGGAGACCCCGAAUCAGGGUAUAAAAUUCUGUCAUAUAACCAGGGACCUCCAGAAAUCUACUGCCUUACAAAUACUUCUUCUGAGCAUGCAAGAAUAACCCAUUGUUUGAGCGGGAAGCAUGAUGGUGAGGAGUCUAGUACGAUGUUGACGGAUUACAUCAUUCAAAGACAAGUCACGAAGUUGGUGAUGGGGCUUAUAGAUGAGGAGGGUGGGUGGAAUGGACCAAAAUACGUGCGGGAGAAGAUCUAUGCUAUCAAUUGUUUGGAAGCUUUUGACUUGAUGUCGUUACCGCUACCGAAAGUAGGGGAGACGGAGAGUGCAGAGCAAGUUCAAGCGAGGAACAUUGUUGAGCAAUGCUUGAAAAGAAGUUUGGGGUUCAAGCUUGCUCAUGGGAUGAUUCUGUGGGUACCUAGAGAGACGCUGGAGAGUCUUUGGAGGAAGCAUACCAUACAGGGAGCGAUGCCGUUGUCGGUACUUAUGUGCAUUGGUUGCGUUAAGAAAAGAACAAUCACAAAUGCGUCCUCGUCUCAUCAGAAUGGAGCGGGAGCUGGAGCAGACGAGGAGGGAGGGCAUGAACUCGAGGGCAGGGACGGCCUCUCAGUCCGAGGCGCUGAAAUUCUAAACGAGAUCCGAAUCGGCUCAUAUACGUGCGUCGUAUGCACAGAUCCUAUAGAAUUCGGUCGAGGCCAGGACUACGCUCUAUGGAGCUGCAGAGAGGGGUGCCACACCGUCUAUCACUUCCGCUGCAUCAAGGACUGGUCGACCGCCAGCACCGCCCACGCCGCCGAAAUUUCAAGUAUAUUUUACAUCAACCCGCCUCAUCAAUGGAAGUGUCCCUGUUGCGCGGCUACUCCAGCAGCCAUCAACGUAGCCACUUGCUGGUGUGGCAAAAGGGACCACGAUGCCAUCGCAAUUGGUAGCGCAAACUCUUGUGAUGAGCUAUGCGCCAGGGAAGGACAAUGCACUCACGGACAUGCCACGAAUUGCCAGCAGAAAUGCCACCCGGGCCCUUGCCGAUUGCGCUGCACGAUCGAGUGUCGACAAAUCCUGUCUGCUCGCCAAUCAAACAAAUUUCGGAGAUUCUGCACGCGAGUGAGAGAGAAAGACAAGAAACCACUGGCUUGGGCAUAUGCAAUCUUUCUCUUGAUAUACUCCGGGCUGGGAGUCUUUCUGCAUUUCCACAUCAGGUGGAACACAAUGCCAUGGAAGUAUCCCGGGUUCGAGCGCAUGACCGAGAGCACAGUUCUCUUCAUUCUAGGAAUGUUUUUAUUAUUACCUGCUCUUGCGUUACUGAUUUUGGGUACUUGUAUGGUAACUUUCGAGUUCUUGAUCUCGGUCUUCAGCCUGACAUUGCUCGACAACAAUCGGCCUUCUGGUGCUUCUGUUGCGGGGGUACUACUUGGAGCAUUAUUCGUCUGCCCACUAUUUCUCGCCAUCUUUACGGUUCCGAUUGUUACGCUUUUUGAAGGCCCUCCGCUUGCGUGGGAUUAUCAGAUGAAGGACAGUUGUAAUGGCUUCAAUACUAGGAUUGGAAUGGAUGAGACACCAGGUUGGUCCCUCCUCAAAGACACUCUCUCAGUAGCGGAAAUCCUGGCGCUCAGCACCCACUUCACAGCCCUGAGUCUCGUUCCCGACCAGGAGUCAAGAAAUUUCUACCUCGCGGAACGUACUGAUCCGAGUGGUACCGAUGCCAGUCAACCAUUCCGCUAUUACCACCGACUCUCAGGAAGUACCAGUCGAUUCAACACAAUGGCGAUCGACGUCGACUUGCACUACCACCAAUGGCGCAUGCUAUCCCUGAGCGACUCCGACCAAGCCAACCAGUGGCUUGCAUACGAUUCUAGAAUGCUGGAUCGAAGCGGCUUCCCAAGUCCCCCGCCCUUUCGCAAGCCAUCAGAAGAUCUCAUCGGAGCUGGCUCCUUCACGCCCACCGACGACACGCACACGACCCUGAUGAUCCCUGAGCUCGAGCUAGCCAUCACACACAUGCACCAGUUCAUCUACAAGCUCAAAAUGGAGCCCUUCCUGCGCGUCUUCAACGUCUCGGGCAUGAAGCCGUUCUCACGCGUCUGGAACACGACUGAUCAUUACAACCCGCGAGCAUGGAACAAGAAGGACCGCAUGCACGAGAACGAGUGGACGCGCCGACCGCAUCCCCGGGAAAUAAUGCGCACGGCUUCAUUUGGACGCGGACGAAGUACCGUGACCGCUUGUGCGCGGGAGGUGCACGAGUGGCGUGAUAUGAGGGGACCUGGAAACCUGCUGUACGAUGCUAACGGGACGGUGAUUGAAACGCCGCCGCCGCCGAGUGGUGUUCAGAUGUACCACAUGGUCCCGUUUGCGAUCAUUUCGGCGUAUAGAGAGAGGGUCAAGGAGACGGAUCUGAGACCAAUCAUCACCUACAAGCACUAG